AUGUUGUCCAAACCUCAUUUCCUUCAUACAUUCUUGCUCCAAGCCAGCGCUGUUUGCGCUAUUGUUCAAUCAAGCCACCCUAUUCACACCCGAGACCAGGGGAUCCAAUGGGGUCCUUGCACUUUGAAUAGUACCUUGCCGAUUGAGUGUGCGAAUUUCACUGUGCCGCUGGAUUAUUCGUCUCCAAACUCAACUGAAACGCUCACCCUUGAGCUGCUCAAGGUUCCGGCCGCAAAGACGCCCUCAAAAGGUAGCGUGCUGCUGAACUUUGGCGGUCCCGGAUUCACUGGCCAAGACACCCUGGCAAGCGGUGCAGAGAAGCUCCAAGCUAUCACUGGAGGAUACCACGAUCUCAUUACAUUCGAUCCAAGAGGGACUGGCAAUGCAUUGCCGUAUUCGUGCUACAAGAACGAUGCCGAGAGGAUAGCAGCCGGCGUUACGACCCAGAUGCUGUCUGGGAAUGCCUCUGACGUCAUGCCUGGAAGACUCUGGGGCCUCGCGGACCUAUUGGUGGAGAGUUGCGAGGCCAAUAACAAGGAUACGGGGAGUCUCAUUGGAACAGCAUUCGUGGCAAGAGACAUGAUGCGGAUCGUCGACGCACUUCGCGAGGACGGGCUGCUCAGAUAUUGGGGGCUCUCGUACGGUACCACGCUCGGUGCAACGGUUGCCGCGAUGUUCCCAGACAGGAUGGACCGGGUAAUUCUGGACGGUGUCCAAAAUCCGCACGAGUACUACCACGGCCAUGACAUCGAGAUGUUCACCGACACCGACAAAACCUUCGCCGGCGUCCUGUCCGCUUGCGUGGAGGCAGGUCCCGAGCGCUGCGCUCUCGCUGGCUCGAACAGAACCGCUGCAUCCCUGGAAAAGGACGUCUACUCACUCAUUGAGGAACUCAAGCAACGCCCCAUCCCCUUGAGUGGCAUCCUCAUCGACUACCACCUGGUCCGCGGCUACAUUCUCCUUGGCCUGUACAACCCAGUCAACUACCCAUCAAUCAUGGCUCUACUGGAUGGUCUUUUGAGCAAAAAUCUUACCGUGAUCACAGAAGCGAUGGCAGGUUCAGCAUCUGUCACAGCGUCUGCGGGCAACGAUGCGCAGAAAGGCAUCCAGUGUGGCGACAAAGGUGCCGAUGUGUCUGCGUGGGCAGACCCGGCGAGGAACGGCUUCGACAAGACGAUUCUGCCGGCAAUGGAAGCGCUCAACGAGAGGAGUCGUUUGGCAGGUGAUACUUCGGCGGGCCUCUCUGCUACUUGCGGCCGAUGGCGGACGCAGGCUAAGGAGCGAUAUACGGGUGAUUUCAACGUAAAAACGAAGCAUCCUAUCAUGCUCAUCGGGAGUAUGUUUGAUCCCGUCACACCGCUUGUUUCGGCAAAGAAUGUCAGUGAGGGAUUCGAAGGGAGUGUGGUGUUGCAGCAUAACGGGUUCGGGCAUACCUCUCCGGCGCAGAUUUCUCUAUGCACCACCAAGGCUGUUCAGGCGUACUUGUUGAAUGGCACGCUGCCAGAGCCGGGAGCCGUUUGUGAGGUGGAUGUCCCCCUGUUCUCAAACAUUACUUGGCAAGAUGUCCUGCUUUGA